AGCGAAUGCAACGGUAACGGAGUUAUUAAAACGGUUUCUCGAAGACGACUUCGGCUACCUGAGUGCAUCAGUCAGCAAUGAUAUGGCUUGUUGCGCUGGUCGUCCUCAGCCUACUGCAGGCAGCUGAUGCAAGGCUCAGAUUUGAGAGGCAAACGCCGCCUUGCGAUCCAUGUGCAGCAGCAGCAGCAGCUGCGGCGGCGGCGGCGGCAGCAGCAGCACCGCCACCACCACCUCCGCCUACUGAACCACCACCACCACCACCACCUCCGCCUACUGAACCACCACCACCACCACCUCCUCCGCCUACUGAGCCACCACCGCCGCCACCACCGGCUCCGGCUCCCGCUGCGGCUCCUGCCACUACAGUGUGCGUAACUUGUCAGCAACAACCUCAAACGCCGACUACGAUCAUAAAGGAAGUCAUAAGAGAACGUUAUGUAAUGCCUCCAAAAAGACGCUGGCGCCCUAUGCCCUUUUGGUUCCCACCCCCACCACCUCCACCACCUCCGCCGCCACCACCACCCCCACCACCACCGCCACCACCACCACCACCGCCGCGACGACCUCCAAUAGUUAAAUACAAGUUUGUGUACCACCGUCAGCAACCCUGGUACAGUUGUAACGUAUGCGCGGUCAAAGUUCAAUGCACUGAUCCUACCGGUGUAGCUUGCGCUACAGCCACAGGUGGUUAAGCGUCUGUAAUUUUUGCUUUUUUCACAAUAAAUUGUACUUUUGGUAGUUUUUUAGUGAUUGAAUUUACGCUCACAUAACGGGAGUCAAAAAGAUCAUGUCGAAAAGGUGGGACUUUUUUAUUUUCAUCGGAUUACAAACAAAAAACAGUUCUUGUAAAU